AUGGCUGAUUGGUUGUUAGUUCUCAUUAGGGAGAAUCCUGUUCGGUCGCGCGUGCGCCGUUGUGCGGCCCUGUUGCUGGCCGCGAUGCUCGCCUGUCUCCCGCCUACGCACUGCUGGGGCGGGCUGGCGGGGCUGGCGGGCUCCUCCCCUGGCGACGCGGGCAGCGGCGUGGGAGGAGGGCGUAAUCUGCCGAAACUGUCGCGGCACAUGCGAUACGUGCUGUACCCCGACACUGCCACUAUGGGUCUAUUCUUGGCCAUCGCCAUCCCGCUGGACCUGCCGAACAAGGACGUGUCGCUGUCGUGGAACUUCGAGGCCAACUACUACCUGCCGCCCUACAACACGUCGCAGUACGCGCCGGGCACGGUGCUUCUGCGCGACGCGGGCUCGGGGCGCGGGCGGCGCGAGCGCGGCGCCGCCAUGAUGGACCGCACCAGCUUCUACGAGCUGGUCGAGAGCCACCUGCAC